AUGGGGCCGGCUGCUCGGCUCUGCUCGGGGCUGCUGCUCGUCUUCCUGCUGGGGCUCCAUCACGCCUCCGGCUUCUGGAUAAUCAACGUCUUGUUCCCACCAAACGCCAAAUCCAUAAUACCGAGCAACAGCACUCCACCUCUUAUUAUCGUGCCAGGGAAUUUGGGGAACCGUCUGGAAGCAAAGAUAGACAAGCCGACGCUGGUCCACUGGAUGUGCUACAAGAAGACUGAGCACUGGUUCCCCCUGUGGAUUGACCUCAACAUGUUCAUGCCAGUAGGUGUAGACUGCUGGAUUGAUAACAUUAGACUUGUUUACAACAAGACGACUCGGCGGUCUUCCAACUCACCAGGGGUGCAGGUGCAGGUGCCAGGAUUUGGGCAAACAUAUCCCAUUGAGUUUGUCGACUACAAUAGACUGGCCGGUUAUUUUCACACUAUGGUGCAACAUUUGGUCAACGUGGGCUACACGCGGAAUGAGACAGUCCGAGGAGCACCGUACGACUGGAGAUUAGCUCCUAAUGAGAACGCAGAGUAUUUGUCGAAGCUGCACGAACUGGUGGAGGAGAUGUACGAGGAGUACCAGAAGCCUGUGUUCCUGCUGGCACACAGCAUGGGCUGCCACUACGUCCUCUACUUCCUCAACCACCAGCCUCAGGCCUGGAAGGACAAAUACAUCAGGGGCUUCAUUUCCCUGGCAGCUCCAUGGGGGGGCGUUGUCAAAAUACUCAGAGCCCUGUCGUCAGGAGAAAAUGACGGCAUCCCGAUGAUUUCCAACAUCAAGAUCCGCGAGGAGCAGAGGAUGAAGCCCACUAAUCCCUGGAUUCUGCCCACCAAAGCCUGGCCAAGCGACCACGUGUUCAUCUCCACACCCACCAUCAACUACACCAACCAGGACUACCAGCGCCUCUUCACAGACAUCAACUAUGAGGACGGCUGGCACAUGUGGGAGGACACCAAGAACCUCACUGGAGACCUCUACCCUCCUGCUGUCGAGGUGUGGUGUAUGUACAGCGUGGGCCUUCCAACUCCCGUGACAUACAUAUACGACGAGGAGUUUCCAAACAAGGACCCGGUGGACUUUGUCUACGCCGAUGGGGACGACACGGUGGACAGCUUUAGCAUGAGCCUUUGCAAACAGUGGGCGGAGCAGCAGGAGCAGCCUGUGCAUGUGACCGAGUACCGAGGGCUGGCCCACCUGGACAUUGUGUUCCACGAAAAGGUGAUCACCCAAGUCCAACAAAUCAUGGAGGGCCAAUCAGACACUCCCAAGGAGAUUGAUGUCCGAUAUGGAGCAGAAUAGAAGAGCAGUUAGGAGAUUAAACAAUAAAACAUGUGAAAUGAGGUGCUUUAUUUUCUAUGGUAGACUUCUAAAUCUGUUUAAAUGUCAAGCAUUAGCACAUGUCCAACAUUAUUAGCACCCCCUCUUGGCAAGGUAACUCUUUUAAACGUAUCUGGGCCAGGAACAAAGCUAACCUUGACCCCCCCAGCCCAUAACCAUGACCCCCUUAUCUAAACUAAAGGCUGAUGACUUGUUUGACCCUGAUCUGUUUAUUCUCCUAUACAAACUGUGUAGUUAGUUUAUGUUCCGUAUAUUUGUUGGUCACCAUGAUGAGGCUUAUGGCAAUGAUCAUGGUACGCAUAAUUAUCCCAAUAAUUACAAACAUAUUAAUAGGUAUAUUUGUUUUAAUGAUGGAUUAUUUAAUGUUGUAGUAUGUGUAGUUUUCUUACAGUCCAGUAAGACAACUUCAGAUCCUGAUACAUCUUUACAAUCUUUACAAACUCUUUGGAAAGUUGAGAGUAUGACUGUUAUGAAUUUGAUAAAGUGACCUAACUUGUAGCUUAUUUUAGUUUUUAUUGUUUAUGCUGUCAUUGUAAUAUUUCUAUUAAGAUGUAUAAUAGAAAUAUUUAUAUUCUUAGAUACAUUAAGCUAGUGAUGUGAAUUUUUACUGUUUUGUAAACGUGCCAAAUGUUUUUGAAUGUUUCCACUUACAAUAAAGACUAUAAUUUCACAAAAA